AUGUCGCGGGGAAGUCAUCUUACAAAAGAGGAACAAGCUCAAAUUAGAGCAUUCAAAAUCGCCGGAUGGUCCAAUAGAAUGAUUUCGUCAAAAUUGAAACGAUCUCUCAACUGUAUUAAUCAAUUUGUCAACAAUCCGGAUCACUAUGAGCGAAUGAAAAACACUGGAGCUCCCAAAAAACUCACGGAGAGAGAUAAACGAGGGAUUGUUAGGUUGGCUUCGAACACAAUGAAAUCGUGUAAUGACAUCAAAAACGAGCUGGGUUUGAAUAUCAGUAAGACUACAGUUUGGAGAGCCAUAGACCAAUCCCCAGAAAUCGUUCGAGCCAAAUUGGUGCCAGCUCCGCGUCUCACACUUCGCCACAAAGACAACCGUCUUACUUUCGCAAAAGCCAACAUGGCCACAGAUUGGGAUAAGGUAAGUAAUUUUUCUAAAAACAUCAAAUAUUGAUGUUUUCUUGUUCAGAUAAUUUUUUCUGACGAAAAAAGUUUAAUCUUGAUGGUCCGGAUGGUUACAACUCAUACUGGCAUGAUAUCAGAAAGGAUCAACUUCGCUUCCCAAAGAGAAAUUUUGGAGGAGGACGGGUUAUGUGUUGGGGCGCAUUUUCUGCAGCUGGAACGUUAAAAAUAGCUUUUGUUUCAUUCAAGAUGGAUUCGUUAGAUUACCAAAAAACCCUCCAUGACUAUCUUUUGCCAUAUUUGAGGCGGUUCCGGACCAGAAAGUUCACUUUUCAACAGGAUAAUGCUGCCAUCCACGUCAGCCAAUCAUCAAAAGAUUGGUUCAAAAGCCACAAAAUCAAAGUUUUGGAUUGGCCAGCGUGUUCUCCUGAUCUUAAUCCGAUGGAAAACGUAUGGGGGGAGCUCGUUCGCCGAGUUUAUGCUCAAGGAAAAAAAUAUGAUACUGUGGACCAACUCAAAGAUGCCAUCGAGACGGAAUGGAAUAAAAUCGAUAAGAACUACCUCAAGAGACUUGUUGACUCGAUGCCAAAUCGUCUCUAUGAUGUCAUUUCUAAACAUGGAGGUCCAACUAAGUAUUGAUUUUCGAUUAUAUGUCUCCAAUGGGAAUUCUGGAUUAGGUGAACCUAUCGUUUUGAAACGCUAAAUUUUUGAAAUUUUUGAACUCCGGUCAUUUAUUUUUUUAUUAUUUGGUAGUUUCAGAUAAAAUUGAGUUUUCUUAGCUAAUUUUGUGUGCUCUAUUUUAUUUUUAACUCGGAUUGUUAUUACAACUCACACCUCGGCUGAUUUCAGAAAUUUUGGGGGUGAACCUAUCAUUAUGAAACGCACUGUAGUUUUUGGGGGCACUCAGAAAAAUCUUGGCGCCGCUGGUUUGACAAUUGUGAUUGUUCGAAAUGAUCUAAUCGGUUUCGAACUUCCAACAACACCAGGAAUUCUAAACUACCGUGAAAUUCGAGAUAGCUCAAGUCUAUACAACACCUUGCCAGCCGGAAAUUUACGAACAACUAACUUGGUUUUAAAGUGGAUCAGAGAUCAGGGAGGAGUCCAGAAAAUGUACCAAAACAAUUUGGAGAAAAGCAAAUUGAUUUAUGCAAUCAUAGAUAGUUCGGAAGGAUUUUAUAGAUCAGAAAUUGCCCCACAAAAUCGAUCAAUAAUGAAUAUCUGCUUUGGAGUUUCAGGAAAUUUGGAAGAAAAAUUUUUGUGCGGAGCCGAGCAGCGAGAUAUGCUAAAUUUGAAGGGACAUCGAAGUGUUGGCAAGAUCAGAGCAUCAAUUUAUAAUUCGACCAGAAGGGCUCCGCCGGCUAACGCCGGCUCCUCCUUCUGGAUUGUCCCGGCUUCGCGCGUAGUUUUCUUUAGGUGUAAACAGAAACAUGUUUCGUAA